UUAUAAUUCACAAAAUGGUGUAAAAGCAUGGACUAUAUUCAACCCUGCGUCUGCGGAUUAUGAUGAAAGUACUUUUGCUCCAAUACCAAUGGAUUUUGAUCGUACAGAUAUUCCUAAAAAUAUUCUUAUCGGUUCUUUCAUCGGAGGAAUGAGUCAUCUUCGUCCCGCACUAGAAAUAUCAAAAAUUCUGUCUGAACGUGGAUACAAUGUAGCAGUGGUGUCACCUGGAAAUUUUACCCAUUCAAAUUAUCCGAAUAUUAAACAUUUUUCAACUGGUCCAAAACAUAAUCCACGAGAUAUGCCUGAGAUUUUUCACGAAUUAUUCGUAGAAGAAUAUUCAUUUUUUAAAGCUUUAAGUCAACAAGCUAUGUCAAAUUCUAAAUAUUUAAGUAGAUUCAAAACUUAUAUGAAAGCUGCUUCGGAAUUUAAACCGGACUUAUUUUUCUGUGAUCAUUUUUUAAAUGAGGUUUGUUAUGACAUUGCCUGGAAAUUAAAAAAACCCUGUAUUGGAAUUAGUUCCGAUUUAACUUCAAGGUUGUAUUCUCCGUAUAAAUCCGAUCCGUCAUUUGGUUGCCAUGCGAAUAUGGAACAUGAAUCUUUUAUUGAAAGAUUUAGAUGUGCUAUUAUCAUGCCUAUGAAAAUCAUUUAUAAAUCGAGAAAGUAUAUGAAUGAAUUGAAUGAAAUGAGGGCUACUAUAGGAAUUGCUCCUACUUCUAAUUCUAUAGAAAAGAUAAAAAUACCUUUUUUUUUGCUGAUACAUUUUUUUGGGUUUGAAACUCCAAGCCAUCUGCCUCCCCUUAUUCAAGAAAUUGGUCCUGUAAUGCAGGACGAAUAUGAACCAUUAACUCCAAUACUUUCCUCAUUUCUCGCGAAACAUAAACGAACAAUGCUUGUCUCGUUCGGUACCCAUGUAUAUACUACUCCUGAAAAUAUUGGAAUCUUAAUUCAAUCAUUUAUAGAGGCAAUGGAUCGUAAAGUAAUUGAUGGAAUAAUCUGGGCGCUUGUACAAAUUUCUGAUGAAGAUAUUCCUCCGACCGUAACUUUAUCUGACGGUUCUAUUAUAUCAACUGAUGAAAUUUUAAAUAAUCAAAAUCCUCAUAUUCAUGUUUCUCCUUUUUCUGUAGCACCAAGCCCAAACGUUUGUACGAACAUAAAAAUUCGUGUAACG